GUUUUUAUGCUGUUUCUCUAAAAUACAUGUACGGAAAGAUUGAAUAGUAGCAUCCCCACGCGAAUUCCGCUGACAGAAAUCGAUAAAAGCGCACCCGCCGCUUCCCCACUUCGAGGAAAAAUACGAAUCAGCGUUGCCUCUCACUUUUGACUUCCCCUCGUUCCCCAAACGACCGGUCCUUUUCGUCACUUACAUUUCUAGCAAGAUAAACAUUUCAAUAUGGGUGUCGAGAGAAAGAUUAUCACCCGCGGUAGCGGUCCCUCGCCUGCUUCAGGCGACAAGGUCUCCAUCCACUACACCGGCUGGAUCUACGACCCUAAGAAGGCCAACAAGGGCUUCCAGGGCAAGCAGUUUGAUAGUUCUAGAUCGCCCGGUCGCGGCCCAUUGAGUGUGCAGAUUGGCACUGGAAAAGUUAUCAAGGGUUGGGAUGAGGGUGUCAUGCAAAUGAGCCUUGGCGAGAAGUCCACCCUGACUAUUACCCCGGACUAUGGCUACGGUGACAAGGCGGCUGGCAAGAUCCCUGCAAACUCUACUCUGAUCUUUGAGGUUGAGCUUCUUAAGAUUAACUAAUAGAGAUGCAUCAAUAAAUGAUCUACUUGAGGCUAUAAAAAAAUUCCCACCUGCUAGAUUUAGUACCUUUUAC